GUGCAGCACAGCGAUCAACAGCUCGGUCAUGUGAUCAGCUGUGUCCAAUCACAACUGAUCACAUGGGACAUCUACACUGAUCAUCAGGACACUGAUGAUUAGUGUGCCCUGAUGAUCAGUGUAGCCCCAGCAGUGCCACCUGUCAAAGUCCAUCAGUGCCAGCUGUCAGUGCUCAUCAGUGCCUCGUGCCAGUGCCCAUCAGUGCCACAUCAAUGCCACAUAUCAGUGCCUACCAGUGCACAUCAAUGCCACAUAUCAGUGCCCAUCUGAGCUGCCUUUCAGUGUCACCCAUCAGUGCCACCUAUCAAUGCCAAUUAGUGCCACCUAUCAGUGCUGCCAAUCAGUG